AUGGAAGAUAUAAGCUUUAAUAGUUAUCAGAGAUUGGAAGAUGUGGAUCCGAACAUAACGUCCAUUAGUUAUUUGGAAGAUGUACUAGUAUUGGGGAACAGUUAUGGAGAUAUAAAGAUAGUAAACGGAAAGGGAUCUCAGAUUCUACACAACCAUAGCGGAGAGAUAACGGCACUGAUAGCUAAAAGAUGCUGUAAAACAGAAGAGGAAGACGUAGUAUACCUGCUGAGCGGAACUUCGAUAGGAAACGUGUACGUGCACCUGGUAUUUCUGAAUAAAAUCUGGAACUCGAGAAUACUGUAUAAGUUUGAAACAGGAUACUCAGUGUAUUCAAUAUGUUUGCACCCGAAGUAUAGAAUAUACAACUUCAAAAGAGUGAACAGAAGGUUGACAGUGGAUUUUAAAGAAGAGGUGGCGAAGGACUACGACAACUGGAGUAAUUUGCAAAAUUCGUCAAUAUCCCAAGAAUCGUUCAUCAUAGCGCUUUCAAACGGAAACAUAUACUUGGUGUAUAACGCACGGAAUGUAAAAGGAGAUGACGAUGAAAGAAGGGAGACGAGUAGGAGUGGACGAGAAGGAAGUAACGAAAAGUACGUGAUAGUGUACGUGAGCAAAUAUAGCCCAUACGUUAACAUGAAAGUGAGAUGGUAUAAAAACUACGUAAGUUGGAUGGACAAAAACGGAUUCCACAUGCAUCAGUUGCCGAACUUAGAAUCUAUAUUGUUCAUAUCAAAUCAGUUCUUCAGUAACCCAAAUAGAAGAACAGAAGAGAAGGAGGAAUUGAACGAGAAAAGCACAAACUACCUCUCAAAAAUAAUAGACAACGGAGAGUUGUACGAGUCAACAGACGAGUCAGACAUGACGCCGCCGAAAAACAGCAUAGAAUCAAUACUGUCGAGAUCAUAUGAGAAGGUGUGUGGAGAAGAAAAGGGAGCGGGAAACAAGGACGGCAGUUCAACACACUCAGCAUGGAACCACGCGAGUCAAUAUAGUCCAAUGACGAGAACGUUUAAAACACCGAGCAUCGGAAGCAGCUCUACAUGGUACACAAGACUGAUGGGAGGCGCUAAGGGAAGUAGUAGUUCAGUGUCAGGAAACUCGACAGUGCGCAAGAGAAGAUCGCAAAGCCCAACAGGGUCGAACGCAGGGGGAAGCGAAGAACCGGAUGUAACACCAGAUUUAAUAGGUAACAGUGGAAUACAGUCAUUGAGAGAAAGAGGGAAAAGAAAGUACAAACUAAAAAGAUUGAAAAGUAAACUGGUUAACAGUAAGUACACGAGAGAUAAUGAACACUACGGAAUAACGUCAACUUUCAUAUCAGAUACAGUACUGGUGGGAUACAAUAACACACUGCUGUGCGUUAAGCUGAUAAAUAGCACGGAAGAAGAGUUUGAAAACUAUGAACAGCUGCUGUUAAACACGAAGCAAAAUAAGGAUCUGAAGGGAUACACAAAGAACAAUGUGACGAAAAAUAGAAGAAGCAACAACGUGGUGAGAGGAUACAUAGAGUAUAAAGUGGUGCUCCCGGAGGAAUUUAGCAUAAUAUACAUAAAGUAUAACACGAAGACCCAGUACGACGUAAUAACAUGGAAUAGAAGCAUUAAGGUAGGAAUUGACGAUUAUUUAAAAGAACCUCUGAGUAAGUUGACCGCACAGAAGAGAGAAGGAAGCGUGUGCUACAAGUACAACAAUGACGGAAGAGUGUACAAGUAUAAAAUGGGAGGACACGGAGGAUAUAGGCCCUGGACAAAGGAGGAUCUGAUUAACGUAGUAUUCGACCUAAGAGAAGGGGCAAUAUAUUGUGAGUCGAUAAUAGCGGAGGGGAUUAGUGAAACAGGAGCCGAUGUGAUAAUAGGAACGACGCACAGCAGUGAAGAAGGUACAGGAAGCAACGACAACUACAUAAGCCAGCUGAAGUACUCAAUAGAAAACACGGACACGGGAACAGUGAUUGAACAGUUUAAAAGUGGUCUCAACUCGUUGUUUAACGUCACAAACAUAAGUUCAGUGGGCAAGGGUGAAGGAGUGGAGUGCAUCACGCCAAUAAGUUACAUGAGCGGAUGCAAUGAAAACAAUCAUGAAAAGGGAGAAUUUGGCCGUGAAGCAGAUGAGGAAAACAGUAGCGACGCUAGUGACAAUGGCUUUGACUGCUACAACGACAAUAACUCUGAUGGUGAUGGCUGUAACUGCUAUAACAACAAUAAGGCUGAUGGUGAUGGCUGUAACUGCUACAACAAUAACGCAAAUCAUAACGGUGGCAAGAUUAUGGAUAGGAAUAAGUCAGCUAAGUACCUACUUGAGUACAUAGGGAUAUUCACGGAAUACUUGAUAAAGAUACAGCAUUAUCAAGGAUUCAAGGAACUCAUAAAGAUGUUGAACGAAUAUGGGAUCAUGUCACAGUAUUUAGAGUUGGUAUUUACAGGAAACGUGAGAAAAAGCAUCAGAAUGAUGGGAAGAUAUGAAGAGUUGGUGAGUGAUAUAAUGGAAACAGUGGGAGAUGAUAGCGUAGCGUACUAUAAGAUGCUGGGGUGGAAAAUGAGCGGAAAAAUGACGAAAAGGCUGCUGAACAGAGUAAAGGAGUUUCUGGUAAAGCACGUACAGCAGUUGUAUGAAGGGAUUGAGCUGGUGAAUGUAGAAAACAACCAGAUGAUGGAUAGCAGAGAAGGAGAGAUUAUGAAUAUCAGGGGCGCCGGCGUCGGCAGUAAUAGGAAUACUUUCAGCAAUGAAACGUACUUUAACCUGCUGAUGCUGUUGAACGAGUUGAAGAGAAGCGACGAUAGCACAGGGUAUAGUAUAUACAACCUGCUGUAUAGCCUUUUCACAAUGACGCCAGGGAUUAAUGCAGCUAGGGCCACAAGCUACAGUAACACAGGGAACUGUGUGGCCAGUGGUAGCUCACACGAGGCGUAUAAGCACCAGGCGAACACAACGAGUCUGAGUUACUACGUGAAGCAGAACCAGUACCUGCAAAUAGAGCUCCUGUCACUGAAGUACUACUACAAGGCGCUGAACGACCAGCUGAGGAGGAUCAACACGAGGGGAACAAUGUACUACGCUAAAAGAGUCGCCGACGAACAAGAAACGUCGCAUCAUGACAGGGUUAAUUUAGCCGCCAAAUCUGGUGCAAAUACCGCCACAAAUACAAGUAACAAUAACAGUACCAGCAGCAGAAACAUUAUCAGUAUCACACCAAUUAAUAACACAAUCAGUAUCAAUACAAGUAACACACUAACCAAUAACACUAUCAGUAUCAAUACCAGUAACACACCAACCAAUAACACUAUCAGUAUCAAUACCAGUAACACACCAACCAAUAACACUAUCAGUAUCAAUACCAGUAACACACCAACCAAUAACACUAUCAGUAUCAAUACCAGUAACACACCAACCAAUAACACUAUCAGUAUCAAUACCAGUAACACACCAACCAAUAACACGAGUCACCCAGAUACCAACACGACGCCCUCUAGUCACCCAGGAUAUAUUGAAAAGAAUGCAGUCAAUUGUAAUAUAUGUUGUGUAAACAGAGACGUGUACGCCGAAGUGGUCAAUAAGUUGUUUGAUAGAGUGAGAGGGAGGGAGCUGCGGCAGCCAAAAGGCAACAACAUACUUUACUUUUCAUGCAGGCACCUGGUACAUGAAAAGUGCCAGAUAAGACUGAUAAAUCAGCUGCAGCAGGAUCACGGAAGAGCGAAGAACCUGAAAAUGAAUCCUCUGAAUACAGAAAUGCUCUUGAGCACAUGUCUGAGUUGCUUAACAAUAUAG